GCUGUCGAUCCGUUUAGGCCUCUGUUGUGUCCUGGAAUUGAGUCUGUCCAAAAUGCGAGCCGCCGUCGCCAUGCUCGCCGUGGCCGCCGGGUGCGCCGCCCUCCCGUCCUACAAGGGCGCCCCCAGGCUGCCUCAGCUCGCCUCGGGACAGACCCUCUCCUUCCAGUCCAGCUCGGCGGCCUCGAGUUCCGCCUCGUCCUCGAGCCACGACUCCUCCUCGAGCAGUUUCUCCUCCUCGGCCUCGGGAGUCAACUUCAACAACGAGGCGUCCAGCUCCGCCUCGGCGGCAGCGAGUAGCUCCUCCUCCUCGUCGCUGUCCGGGUCCAUAACCGGCGGAGAUACCAGUGCCAUCUCUGCCUCCAGGGAUUCCCUUGCGUCCUCCUCUGGCGGUCGAGAAACUGGGUCUGCUGAUAGGACGCUCGCAUCCUCAGGUGGCACUCACUCUGACACUCUGGGAUCCUCAAGUGGCUUCUUAUCUGGCGUCCAGGGAUCCUCAACUGGCACUCAGGGAUCCUCGACUGGCUUCCACUCUUUGGGAUCCUCCUCUAGCACUGAGGAAUCCGUAACUGGCUUCCACUCAGGAUCUCUGGAAUCCUCUUCAGGCACUCAAGGAUCCUCAUUCGGCUUCCAGUCUGGCACUCAGGGAUCCACCUCUGGCUUCCAGUCUGGCACUCAGGGAGCCUCCUCUGGCUUCCAGUUUGGCACUCAGGGAUCCACCUCUGGCUUCCAGUCUGGCACUCAGGGAUCCACCUCUGGCUUCCAGUCUGGCACUCAAGGAGCCUCCUCUGGCUUCCAGUCUGGCACUCAAGGAGCCUCCUCUGGCUUCCAGUCUGGCACUCAAGGAGCCUCCUCUGGCUUCCAGUCUGGCACUCAAGGAGCCUCCUCUGGCUUCCAGUCUGGCACUCAGGGAGCCUCAAGUGGCUUCCAGUCUGGCACUCAAGGAUUCUCCUCUGGCACUCAGGGAUUCUCCUCUGGCACUCAAGGAUUCUCCUCUGGCACUCAGGGAAGCUCCGUUGAAUUCGGUUCUUCCGAAUUUCCCUCAGAAUCUCUAGGCCCUACCACUGGCUCUCAAGGACCCUCACCAGGAACCCAGUCGGGCGAUCUCGGGGCUUCAUCCGCGUCGGGCGUCAAGGGGUCCUCCUUCGCCUUCCAAGGGAGCUUCAAGGGAUCGGAUCUCAUCUCAGGAAUCGAAGCCUCCGACGGACGCGGACACACACACACACAGGAGGCCAUUUCGCAAAGCUAUGGCCGUCCCGCACUAGAAGCUUCAUUUCGUGUUGUGGCAAAGGCACUGAGGCUGUGGUGUAUAAGGGGGACAAGUGUGAUGGACAUGGGGUCGCUUGGUUCGCGCGGGAGGCCCAGCAAAAGUAUGCGCAAUGUAAAAACUUGCCUAUUAACUUCUGAAAACCAGAGUAUGCAAUGUUCAGAGAAGAAUCCCUGGAAAGCCCGAGUGUGA